GUAGAGCUCUGGCAAAAACCAAUAAAAAAAACCCUACGUAGAGGAACUGAGGAAGUCGAAUACUUGCAGCGGCGAUCUCCAUCUACGAAUCAAUAUGUAAGGGCAAACGAAGAGAAUUGGCACCGGGAGCACAGGGAUAAACUCUACUAUUUGGGUUGCUCUCUUGAGAAAACUCAGAAGUCUGGCAGCUCCUGGUUUCUUAAUCACGAACUACUCAAUAAGGAAGGAUGAUUAGUGGCUUCUACUGUUUGCAUAAUUGGACUCUGUGGUAGUUGGAAGAUUGGAAGAUCAAGCUAGCCUACGAAACUGUCUUAACAACAAGAGCAAUAGAGCAAGCCGAGCAAAUCUAGUGCUAAAAGCAAAGAGAUAAAUAAAAGUUGGAGGCAAGAUGUUAUAUCUUGCCUUUGUUAUCUUCAAAUAUAUUUUCUUAGUACUAACCCUUGUUUUUCUAGAGCCAAGGGUAAGGGAUGAUAUGCUUUCUCGAAAAGUGUACAUGAUUCGUUGAGCACAAGUUAAGGGGCAAUUUUUCAUCCCCAAAUGUCAGAAC